CUCGGGCAGUGUUAAAAUGAGUUGAAAUACUAUUUACAUAUGUUUGAUUAUUUUCUGGGUGAGCUCUUACGAAAAGGCGACAAAAGCAAAGGGGCUCAAUUCAUCCUCGCUAAUUCAGCAACUAAGGUUUGCUGGGUAUUUUAGUUUUGGUUGAUUCUUAUGCAGGAUUAAUUUGGGGAGGUAAUGGCUUCAAAGUUGGUUCAGUUGCAGUCCAAGGCAAGUCAAGCGUCACAGCUUGUGGCCAAGCAUGGCACAUCGUACUAUAAGCAGCUGAUGGAACAGAAUAAGCAGUACAUCCAGGAACCUGCCACUAUUGAGAAAUGCAAUGAAUUGUCCAAACAGUUGUUCUACACUCGUCUUGCCAGUGUUCCCGGUCGUUAUGAGGCAAUGCAGAAGGAAGUUGAAUAUGUAAAGCAACUGUGGAAGAACAGGAAGGACCUGAAAGUUGAGAAUCUCGGUAUUGCUGCUUUGUUUGGACUGGAGUGUUAUGCAUGGUAUUGUGCUGGUGAAAUUGUUGGAAGGGGUUUCACAUUCACUGGAUAUUAUCCUUAAGCCCUACGAUUAGGGUUAAAAGUAUUUGCGGGAAUUACUAUUUUAAAGUUUUCUGUUAUAAUUAGUGAUUUCAUAGUCACUGGCACUUGUAAUAGAUACAUGUUUUUGUACUUUCACCAAUUUUCAGAGCUGAGAAACAGUGGCUAAAUUUGGUUGCCUUAAUAAUUCCAUAUAUGGUGAUUACAUUCGCAUC